AAACUAGAAAAGGCUUGACUUCUCUUACAAUUUCUCCCUAAUGAUGAUUAAAUCCUAAACCCUCCUUACCAUCUCUCUCUCUGUCUCACUAAUCUCUUGAAUAAAAUUUCCCCUCACCCCAACAAAUCUGCAACCAAAUAGGGUCCCACCAUUUUAGUUCUUACUUUUCUCAUUCCAUCCAAUUUUUAUUUAUUCUAGAACACUCACUCUCUCUCUCUCUCAUGCAGCUUUGUUAUGAAAGCAGUGCAUGAGGGUUAGAUUGAUUCUUCAAGAUUGAUCCUUAUUGUGUCACACCCAUUGAGGGUUUCAUGGUAAAGUUUUGAGCUUUGGGUUGAUUAAGAUCUGUUUAUGGCUCAAGCCACUUGCUUUAAGCACAGGAGUAGAGGAGGUGAGAUGGACACAGCAUCCAUAAAAUGUCUAAUCAAUAGCAUAUCUCGAUUGGUUCUUCUAGUUUCAUGCCAAACAGUAAAGUCUGUGCCUAUUCAGAAGGUUUACAGAACCAUAGCUGAUGUAUUGAAGCUUUUGAAGCCGUUGCUUGAUGAAGUAGUUGAUUACAAUAUACCUUCAGAUGACAUUCUAUUUCAAGAGUGUGAAGAAUUGGAUAUGGCUGUCAAUGAAGCUAGGGAAUUCAUGGAAAACUGGUCUCCAAAGUCGAGCAAACUAUUAAGUGCUUUGCGGAGUGAGCCAUUGUUGAUAAAGAUACAAAAUUCAUCACUCAAGAUUUGCUGUAUAUUAAGUAGAUUAUUACAGUCAUCUUCAUCUGCUUCAGGUUUAAUGGGUCUACAGCAAUGUAUGCAGGAAAUUGAACGUUUGAAGCCUGAAAGAGUAACAGAAUACUUAGAAGAGGCUCUGAAAAGUCAAACAAAAGAUUUCAUGCCUUCCAUCAAAUAUCUUAUGAAAAUUACUGAAUUGCUUAGCUUGACUUCCAGCCAAGAACUGUUGAAAGAAAGUAUUGCUGUAGAGAAGGAAAGAAUUACUGUGGAAGUUCGUGAUGUUAGAGGGGAACUAGAUCAAAUCAACCAAAUUGUGAUUCUUGUCUCUCAUAUUCGCGAAUUCAUGGUUAAAAGUGACCGCAUUACCACAUCUGGCAUCCCGGUCCCUCCAUACUUCCGCUGCCCUUUGUCUUCAGAACUCAUUUUGGAUCCGGUGAUUGUAGCUUCGGGUCAAACAUAUGAGAGAACUGCCAUACAAAAAUGGCUUGAUCAUGGGUUGAUUAUCUGCCCAAUGACCCGUCAGAGGCUGACACAUACGAACCUCAUUCCCAAUUACUCAUUCAAAGUUAUGGUAGAAAGUUGGUGUCAAGAAAAUAAUAUUAAACUUGCGACGAACUCUGACUGCACUAAUGCUAUCACUGUCCCAUCUCCAUUAGGUCACAUCUCUCCUGAAGGUUUAAUUCACACAGAUACCCAGUACUCCAUCCACAGUAGCAAUUCGACAUCAAGAUCCUCUGCCGAAGUUGAGAAGCAAAGAAAAGAUGUAUCUCCCAGAUUGAGUGGAGAAAAGUCCAAUGGAUGCCCUAGCGGUGAGAAAGACCAGUCAUCACCAAAACAGUCAUAUAUUCAUAGCAGGAGUGAAUCAGCCUCAAGUACUGUUUCCAGUGUUGAUUAUAUGCCUCCAGCAUCUAUUAAGGUGUCAGGGAUAUCCAAUAAGCAUGAAAAGGAUAAUGAGUUUUCUGGAGAAAUUACAUCUGAGCAUCCUGUUGCUUAUGUUCCAAAUAAAGAAUCAGGAAUUUCCCCUGGGCUAUCAGGAAAGAAGUCUCACCUUUCCAAAGCAAAUGUAGAACUGGCAUCAUGGCAUGACAGCCCUAAUUACCCAAACAAACAGCUGCUUCCAUUUUCUAGCUCAGAAUCUGAUGGGUCGACGACAGCAUCCCAUGUCAUGAAAUUAGUUGAAGACCUCAAGAGCCAAUUGGACGAAGUGCAAACUAGGGCUGCGGAAGAAUUGCGGCUUCUUGCAAAGCACAAUAUGGAUAAUCGCAUUAUUAUAGGCCAAUGUGGUGCUAUCACACCCUUGCUUUCGCUGCUAUAUUCAGAGAUGAAGUUAACGCAAGAGCAUGCUGUGACAGCUCUUUUGAAUUUAUCAAUUAAUGAAGACAAUAAGGCCAUGAUUGCAGAAGCAGGAGCAAUUGAACCGCUCAUCCAUGUUCUGAAAACUGGGAAUGAUGGUGCCAAAGAAAAUUCAGCUGCAGCUUUAUUCAGCCUCUCUGUCUUGGAAGAAUACAAGGCAAAAAUUGGCCGUUCUGGUGCAGUGAAGGCCUUGGUUGAUCUUCUAGGCUCCGGGACUCUUAGAGGGAAGAAAGAUGCUGCUACUGCACUGUUUAAUCUCUCAAUUUUUCAUGAAAAUAAGGCUCGCCUAGUUCAAGCUGGGGCAGUGAAGUAUCUUAUUGAGUUGAUGGACCCUGACACAGGGAUGGCUGACAAGGCUGUUGCUCUUCUGGCAAAUUUGUCCACCAUUGCAGAGGGGCGCUUAGCAAUUGCACGGGGAGGAGGAAUUCCAUUACUAGUUGAGGUCGUGGAAUCAGGCUCUCAGAGGGGAAAGGAAAACUCUGCCUCCAUUCUGUUGCAACUGUGCCUUCAUAGUCCAAAGUUUUGUACUAUGGUUCUUCAGGAAGGAGCUGUCCCUCCCCUGGUCGCUUUAUCUCAGUCUGGCAGUCCAAGAGCAAAGGAAAAGGCACAGCAGCUUCUCAGUCACUUCCGGAAUCAGAGAGAAGGGGCUAUGGGGAAGGGAAAAUAGAGACAUUUUGUUGAUAUGUUGCUGAAUUUUUUUUUCUCUCAAUAUUGCGCCUCCAUAAUAUUUGCUUCUCCGUCAAGAAAUUCUAUAGAUCUAUUCUUUUUCCACAUAUUCUUUACUUGUGCUUUUGGUUAUAGAAAAGUCUAAAUCUUUUUUUUUUUUUUUUACGAGUGUUAUGUCACGUGAAGGACUGAUACAUAAGAGCCUAGGAUGUCUAAACUUUUCUUUGUGUGUUUUCUUCUGUAUUUUGCUUUCUCCUGUGCUUAAGCUAGGUAGGCUACUUAUUCCCUGAGAACAUAGCUUCGUUUAGUGGCUGCAGUGACUGAUUUGGUUCUCUUACGUCGCUGUACAUAUAUUCUGUAUAUAUAAUAUAGAAUUGAGUAAUUUGCAGUAUGAUCA